CCUAACAGAGUACUACAGUACAAAAUUAGGAAUCUGGUAUUCUUACAACACCAAGAUGCCUUCCUGAUUGCGAAUUUGUCUAAACAAGUUCAAAAGUCCUUUUCUUUCAGAAAAAUUUCCCCCUAUAUUAAGAUUUCCCUCUUGCUCUGUUUCUGCAACGAAAGCUACAGAAAAACAGAGCAAUGGUUCACGAAAGAAAAAAGGAGGUGUUCUCCAGGGAGAUUAUCAGACCAUCUUCCCCAACUCCAGAUCGAAAAAGGAUUCACAAGCUUUCAUUUUUCGACCAAUUGUCUCCUCCAAUCUACCUCCCGCUUCUCUACUUCUACCCAAAUCAAGAUCCCCAGACGCCAUUCGCUUCAAAAACCCAAUUGCUCAAAACCUCCCUCUCUUCAGCUCUUUCCAAAUACUAUCCACUUGCCGGAAGGAUCAGAGAUUCAUUCACGGUCGACUGCAACGACGAAGGAGCCGUCUUUCUCGAGGCGCGAAUGAAUUCCAAGCUCGCCGAGAUCCUCGAGGAUUCUCCAGUGGAUGAAACCCUGAAGCUCUGUUUCCCAGAUGGGCUCUGUUACCAAAAUUCCAACCUCAGCAGCCCGUUGACCGUUCAGGUAACUGGAUUCGACUGCGGAGGAAUGGCGCUGGCCGUUUGCUUGUCUCACACGAUCAUCGACGUCUCGGGUAUGUGUUCCUUCGUCAACUACUGGGCUGCUCUGGCUUCCAAUUCCGCCAUCGAAGAUGGCGGCGGCGUUCCUCCCCUGCAUCUGGAGUUCAAUUUGGCAGAGCUGUACCCGCCGAUUGACCUUCCGGUGACGAAAACCUUUGACCCUGUGAUCAUCAGGUGUGUAAGUCGAAGGCUUGUGUUCGAUGGUUCGAAUAUCGGGAAACUAAAAGGUAUCGUUGCAGCAGGGAACGUGGUCGUGGAGAAUCCCACUAGGAUGGAAGUAGUUCUUGCAAUUCUUCACUGCUCUGCCAUCUUUGCUAUCAGGGUCUGUUCUGGCAGUCUGAUUGCCGACACCGAACUGCAUUCUGCAGUGAAUUUGAGGAGCAGGGUGGUGCCGCCGGUGCCAGCGAGCUCCGUCGGGAACAUGGCUUCGACAUUUGUGGUGUUCACCCCAAAGGAUGUAGACACAGAACUGGUUUCGUUUGCUGGAAUGAUCAGGGAGGCGAAGGUCGAGAAUUUCAGGUCCUGCGCUUCACGAUCGCGAGGUGAAGAGCUGUGCCCUUUCGUCGUCGAGACGACGAAAGGGUUCAGAGGAGAACAGGGGAGUGAUGGAGCAGGGAGUCGGCGGCAUGUGUUUGGUUGCAGCAGCUGGUGCGGGUUUCCAUUCUAUGAAGCGGAUUUUGGGUGGGGGAAACCGGUUUGGGUUACGCAUACUUUUGCAGGGGCGAAGGACAUCAUCACCAUGAUGGAUACUCGAAAUGGAGAUGGGAUCGAAGUAACUGUGUGUUUGGAAGGAGGAGUCAUGGCUGCGUUUGAGACUGAUGAAAAGCUUCUUUCCUUCUGCACGAUCAAUCCAGGCGUGAUUUGGUAAGAAUCAUUUGUGGCGUGGGCUUGGGCAAUAUGUGUUCCCUCCUUCAAAUUCAACCAUUUGAUCGAGUCGCACAAACUUUUAAUUUAUUUAGCCUUAAAUCCAUAUAUCGUUAUAUAUAUAUAUCGUUGAAUUUAACGUAUUUUAUAGAUUACAAUGUUAAUUGUGUUUUCAAUAGGUAAAUAGGAAUGUGACAGUUUACUGGAAAUGUCACUUAUAUCCCUUCUUCUCAAAUGCAAAAUGUAAUAUCUAAAGGUUACGUUUAUGAGAAAUUUUACAAUGAUAUAUAGUAUUGGUGCUAUAGGGGUUUGCCUUUAUGGUACAACUUAAAAUUGUACAUUUACGUUAUGGUACAACUUCAGA